ACUAACCUUACCACUAUCUGUGUAUUGCACCUGCGAUCAAACACACACCACCCUCAUCAACAAGGUGUCUCUUUUCCGUUCAGCGACAGCAACAGCAAUUCGGGACGUCUUGGAAUUGCCAGAAUCGCAUCAUAUAUAUUCCAGCCGGAACUACGUACAUCAAAGAUGGACUCAGCUCCCACAGAGCUUGCCGCCACUAUCCAGGCUGCAAGCAUCGAACGCAAUCCAGAUCCUGCUCUUGAUACCAACCCGCCCACAGCGGCCGAUAGACGGCGGCCUGUGACCCUAGAGCACGUCAAGCACGAGCACGAUGAUGGAAUUGACGACGAGGACGAGGAUGAAGUGGACAUCCCCUACAGCGUUCUCCGACCGGCGCCCAGGCAUUCCCACCUACCUCCUCUGCCAGAUCUGCGCUUCGAGCAGAGCUAUCUUCGAAGUAUCUCCAAGGCGGAUACAUGGUGGAAGGUGGCAUUGAUUACAACGAGGGAUCAGAUCAUCAUGCCCUUAACCCAAGGCUUAGUGUACAACCUCUUUCUCUGUGGCUGGCAACAUUGGAACAGAAAUGCUCGAUUGCACGGCAACACCUUGGGUGCGCGAGUAAGACGCUGGUGGUGGGAAGUCAAUAAUUGGAAGAUACCUACCCAUCAUAAGAGAGGUUGACAAGAUCAGGAGAUGAAAAGACUACAAGAUACUCAGGACGCAGAUGACAUUACCAUGUAUGACUCAGUUGAAAAUGACGACAAAUCAUUGUGUAACUUCUGAGAAGCAAGCCCGGAGCGCCUUUCAAAGCCUUUCUUCAAUCAAUAUGGGCUUCUGCCACUUCGAAAACUCUGAGCAUGGACUUCUUGGUCGGUAGGUGGAUGACAAAGUCUCUUCAUAGCUACCAACUGCCGGUUCUGAGAGUCUGUUCCUUGACCAUUAACUAUGCCACACAUCGCCUGUUUCAGCGUUCCUGAAUGCACCACUCUCAGUGACAUCUGCCUUCAUGAAAGAAUCAGAUAGCAAUACGGUCGUAUAUAGCUUGACAUUGGUAUAAUAACUAAUAUGUCUCGCUGUGCUGACAUACUUGCCCAUCUCAAACCCUUACUGGAUCAAGAUACUGUUGUCCGUUGGGCUUCACUUUAAACCUUCUAAGAACCCUAUUUAUGG